AUGGUGGCGAAUUCGCCCCCACCCCGGAGAGGCAGACGGAGGCUCAUGCGCAUCCACGAGAGCGGAAUUGCCCGCAACCUCGACACACCCACCCCGCCGAGGCUCACUCCCAAUUCAUCACCUUGCGCAUCCACCAACCACUCCUCAACCGACAUCGACGCCACCGACUCUACCACCCCUCACUCCGCCCCGUCCUCCUCCUCUUCCUCCUUCACUGCCGCAACGACGGCCACUCCGGCGUCUGUAGCGCACGACUUCACCACAGUCGCACCUGGCACAACAACAGGCACAACCCCUGCAACCUCCAUCAUCAGAGCUGAGGGCCAGAACUACAUCUGCCCUCACUGCGAUCGCACCUUCACUUCCCGCAUCGGCCUGGUCGGUCACUUGCGAAUCCAUCGCACAGAGACUGGCGAACCAGUGCCUGGCACACCAACCUACACCCACCGCACUCUCCUCCACUGCCCACACUGCCCUCGCACCUUCAUGCAUCGCAUGGGUCUAUUCGGCCACAUACAUAUCCACGAGAGCGGAAAUGACCACAAUUCCGAUACACCAACCACGCCCAUCAUGCUCAGCACCACCCUCCCACCAUCCGUCUGCACCACCACCAACGCCUCCUCUGUGGCUGACACUGACACCGCCGAAUUCACAUGCCCACACUGUCCACGAACAUUCACCUCACGCAUCGGCCUGGUCGGUCACUUGCGAAUCCAUCGCACAGAGACUGUAGAACCAGUGCCUGAAGCACCAAACUACACCCACCAAGCUCGUCUCCAUUGCCCACACUGUCUUCGAACUUUCAGGCACCGCAUGGGUCUAUUCGGUCACAUGCGCAUCCACGACGACCUGCGGUAG